CUGUGAUGUAUCACAUGUGGCGGCCAAGGGGGCGGCGAAAUAGUUAUCAGGGGUUUUAUCAGCUUUGCUCGAUGACUGACGCGCAAAAUAAUAGGAAUACGCGCUUUGUCAACACUGACCGAGAUGAACGAUAUCUGAGCCGUCACGAAACAGGGGUUCCACUAACGGCGCCAAGCUUGCAGUGUUUACAAAAUUUGAGAAGCUCGCUCAAGCAACUGAAGAAGCAUCUAAGAUAGGCCGAAAUAAGACGCUUUGAGGACCGUCUCUGGAAAGCUGCACGAAGUUUGACCAUGGGGGAAUAUAACCUUGAAAUAAGCGAAGGGAAGUCCUCGGUGUCAGCCAGCACCAAGCGCAAAUUGUAUAUCAUCCUUAGCGUUUGCUGUGUGGUUAUCCUAGUAGGGUUAGCCCUGGUUAUUGUAGGAGGCGUUAGGCUGAACAAGACUUGCACAAAGGCAAGUGUCGGCGAAAGGCAGUCGGGAUCUUGUGGGUAUUCCACUCAGGCGGCAAGGGCUGGUUUGGACAAACUUCUAGACGAAGUCAAAUCGACUUACUACAAAAUGAACCCAAACAACAUUGCAUAUGACCCGGACGUCUCAUCUGAGGACUUUAAAAGUAUUUUCAGCCCUUAUAACUGCCAUCCCGAUGCCAUCAAGAGACGUACAGACACGGCUCGCAUGCUGUACGACAAGGCAAUUCGCCUAGAGGGAGAGGUGAAGCAGGAGGAGCUCCAGCCACGUGAGGUAAAGGCACUCUCACAACUCAAGCACUUCCUUCAAAGCAACUUCGGCGCUCCUUACGAUGAGAACUACUACGCGGGUGAUUGGCUGCUUGGGCCCAACCUGUUUUGCUGGCAAGCUAUUUGUUACGUGGGUAGCGACAUCAUGUCUCAUUUUAACCUCAAGUCUUACGGCUUCAAGCCGAAGAGCUUGUCGGACGUUGAGUUUGUUAUCGAUCACUUAAAGCAACUCAAUGACUCUCUAAUGCAGUACAUUGAGAAUAUGAGGUAUGGGGUCAAGGCGGGCUAUGUUCGCUCUCAAGAGGAGUGCAAAGCGGGACUGCUGUCAUUCCAGACCAAGUAUAAAGUUGUGGCGAGGUUAGGCGAGAGAGGAAUACUCAACUCUACAACUACAAAAGAUAUGCGAAAUCCAAUAUGGUACCAGUCUCUCACGGCCGACGCUCGAAAGGACUGGGGCGACAAACAUCCUGGCCAGAGCGUGGAGGCUGGAGUCCAGGAAUCACUCGUGAAGUAUGUGGGAAGACCGCUGGUCAAAGUAAUGGAAUACUUGGAGAACGAGCACGCGAGACACUGUGUUCCUAGUAAUAUAUCAAGUGGCCUGGCAACCCUACCGCUAGACUUCAUCUACGACAUCGGUACAAGCACAGGAGUGAAGACAACCAAGGUACUGCCCAAUGGAGAUAAACUAGACGGCAGAAAAGCAUACAAGAUGAUCCUCCCUUACUUUACAACAACCGACAUGAGUCCUGACGAGAUUCAUCAGCUGGGAUGGGACAUGCUGGGCAAGCUUUACCCUGAAGCCGUGCGGAUAGCACAGGAAAUCACCGAGUUGAGCGAUGAAGAAGCCGCUGUGAAAGAGUUCAAGGGAAUUCUCGAGAACCAGACCAUGUUCUUUAACGAUCAGGCGUUCCCCGCUAACGAAUCGGACAAAGAGGCGUUCCUUAAAUGCAACUCGAUGGAAAGCGCGCGUCAGUACUGCCCCACGAGAUACGCGUCCAUGCGUAGGUGGUUUGACUACGUUAACGGUGUUCUGAGUGCCCUUGUCGCCAAGCUCCCCUACCGCAUGUUCUACUACACCGGCGACAAGCGGAGUACGCCUAACUGCCCCGUGCUACUAGUCGCCAACUUUAACCCUGCCACGGGAUCUCAGAGCUAUAGCGGCGCUGGCAUCACCUGCGGACGCGCAUGUCACUACCGCUUGCCAUUCUUUCUCAAGGACUACGGGCCCAAGUAUAACGCGUGGUCCGUUGCCGCGCAUGAAGCGAGGCCUGGGCACCACACACAGGUCCAGGGGUUCAGCGAGCUGUUCAGUGACAAAUGCGGCGGUGUGAUUGGUUGGUUGAAUGGCAUCAGUUACUAUACAGCCUUCACCGAGGGAUGGGCCCUGUACGCCGAGAAUCCUCUUAUCAACAGCGAGACAGACACGUACAGCGACCAGCCUCUCCAGAAAUACGGCAUGCUAAAGUGGCAGAUAUGGCGCGCUCUGAGGCUUAUCAUGGACACGGGCCUGCAUUACAAAGGCAUGAAGCGUGACGAGGCGUUAGAGCUGUUUGCGAAGUAUGCUUGGGACCGUACAGACAAGGCUAUCAAGGACGUUACUCGCUACCAGAGCGACCCAGGCCAAGCCACCGCUUACAUGAUCGGUCAGCUGGCGAUAUGGCGCUACCGCAAUCACACGGAACAGCGGCUUCAAGAAGAAAACAAGAUGUUCAAUGAGAAAGAGUUCCACUUUCAGGUGCUAUCCCAAGGAGCCUCCCCGCUCAGUUACUUGGAAAGCCAUCUGCAGAAAUACACCGAAUGCCUUAUCACCAAGAGUUCUGGGUGUGACAGUAUUCUCAACCCUCCGUUCAGCCCUGCUUCCUAUGACGAGACCAUUGAAAGUUCCGUUCGCAAGCAAACAAGCUCCUUUGCCUUCUAUGACAAAAGCGAAGAGGAGACCUUUGCUGAUCUUGAGUCGGAUUGGCACGAGGGACUCGGGAAACCACGGAAUCCCCGUCAUCAUCCAGAAAGCCAUGACUGAGUGACGAUAACUAGGACAACCAAAACGCGUUUUUUUCUACUAGAAAAUUAUUUUAUUUUUGAACAAAGGAUUUUACAUACCGUUCCGCCUGGGUCUUUAUUAUUGUUCAUAAGAAAAUAUUGUAUCUGGAGUGAAAUUGAACCACUUACUGGUUAAAAGUACUAUGUGGAUAAAAUAAACUUUAUUUUCGAG